AUGGUUCAACCAUCAUCAACUCAAGCCUUUUGGCUCAUUCUGUCUUUAGCACUGCUCGUCGCCGCCGCUCCCUCCCCCGACACCGUGACCGUAACCGCCGCCCCGUCGAUACCCUCCACAGCGCCGCAGUUCGUCGACGGCGACACAUUCACCUCCGCCAUCCUCAACAGCACAAACUUUUACCGCACCGAGCACAAUGCCUCGUGGAUACGGUGGAACGAGACGCUCGAGGACUUCGCAUCCGACUACCUCGACGACAUGGACGGCUGCGACUUCAAGCACUCGGGCGGGCCCUACGGCGAGAACCUCGCCAUCGGCUGCUCCGACGCCGAGGGCUGCGUGGAGAUGUGGGGCGACGAGCGGGAGGAGUACGACUACAAGGACCCGGACUUCAGCGAGAAGACGGGCCACUUUACGCAGCUGGUCUGGAAGAACACGACGACUGUGGGCUGCGGCCGGAAGCUGUGCGGCACCUCGGGCUGGUAUCUCGUCUGCGAGUACUGGCCACGGGGCAAUGUCAUUGGCGCCUUUGGAGAGGAGGUGAACAAGCAAGUGAACGGCACGGGGAGUUGGGGCUCGACGGUGCGGCCGCCACCGACGACGAGCUUUGGGUUUGCAUUGCUGGCGCUGGGUUUAUGGACGAUGCUAUGA